UCUUUAAAUUCUCAGCCAUUAAUCUGCCUGAACGCUGCGAGUGAAUUUAGCUACAUCUGGUCUGAUUGAACGAUGGAUAUACCCGUCAGUUAAUGUUCGAGGAAAGCCCUAGACCGUCAAACGUCGAACGCUCUGGAUCUGCUAGACGCCCGCGACUCGAUCAAAACGGUCGUUUUAGUUCCUCUUUAUUUUGCCGCAGUCAGAAAUUAUUCCAGCUCAAGGCCAGCGGUCGCGCGCACUGUCUUUCUGCUCCUACAGCCCGCACAUCUUUUGCCUCAUAAACUAAACACGUCUCUUGUUUAAUGGCAGAUUUCGAUUUCUAACAGAUUCGGUCUGAGGCGGAUAUAUAAUGCUGUUCCAGUAAUACAAACACUGGUUUGGCUUUAAGUCAAGUAGAGCAAAGAUCUGUGUGGCAUGUUGUGAAUGAUUGACUUGGUGUUAGGCCGUGCGAGGCAGAGAAAGGCCAGAGGGAGAAGACGUAUACUGAGUCUUUGUGCCAGGGGUUGUGCUCCCCUCUUACUGCUGGUCACCCAUCGAUUCCUGGCUGACUUCCACCUCUGAUCACAGCCAUGACCUCUCAGAGAGACCCCGACACAGUGAAUCUACGACUGAUCCUUGUGAGUGGGAAGACACAGGAUUUCACUUUCUCUCCAAAUGACUCUGCCACAGACAUCGCCCGGCAUGUUUUUGAGAACUGGCCAGCAGGCUGGGAGGAGGAGAGCGUGAGCAGCCCCAGUAUCCUGAGGCUGAUCUUUCAGGGCCGCUUCCUGCAUGGCAAUGUCACACUAGGAGCUCUGAAGUUGCCCCCUGGCCGAACAACUGUCAUGCACUUGGUUGCCAGAGAGACACUGCCAGAGCCGAACUCCCAUGGCCAGAGGAACAGGGAGAAGACUACAGAGAGCAGCUGCUGUCUACUGCUGUAAAACCCCGACAAACCUUCCCCCGCUUCCUCCUCGUCCUUCUCCUCCCCGCUCCCGUCUCUGCUCACCAACCCGUGGUGCAUUCUGGAUGAUUACAGAAGAGCUCCAAGGGAGAGUGCGACUAGGUUUUUUUCGUUCAGUGUUUUUGCUCUGUAUAGUAGCCGGAGACUCUCUUGUGCCAAGUUUAUCAACUCUCAUAUGUUUGCCUUCGUUCGGUUUUCUCGUUUCGUUUGGUUGCCAAAUUUACUCGCUUAGUGAAGAGGCCGUUUGUUCACGGGCCUCCUGAACAUAUUCAACUGUGCAAAUACCUGAAUCGUUGAAAGGAAAUUAUGUAAACGGAUGCGUGAACAGGUUUUUAGGGGGACGUCCCUUUGCUCGAGAGACCUUCUGCUCUCCCAACACCCAAGUGUCAGAGUUUUCACUUGGAUCGCACGUCUGACUCAGACGAAGCUUAACAUGCGUCAUAAUCUCAAGACUUUUGAUUGCACUUAACACGGAUCCUUAUCUGAAGUCACUUAUGUGUGUGUUGUAGUCUUAAUCCUCCCGCCUGCCUCAAACAGAAGGAGCUUACAGAGAGAGGUGUGAUGACACAAGCUCCAGUCUGUUGCUGUGGACCGAGAGAGUCUGCUGUAGCGCUGGUGGAUCUGAUGUGCCAUGGCCGCCUACGUUUCUUGCCUUUGUCCUAGGACCAAUCGAGAGUAGACUCCUCUUACUGACCAGUUGCGUCGACAUCUGUGCAUGACCCUAGUCUAGUGUUUCCUCGCCCUGGGUGUGUACCAGCCGCCUUUAAAAACCAUUCACCCCGUGUCUACUUGAAUAGCGUUUUUUUUUGUUUGUUCGUUUGUUUGUUUUCUCCUCGUCUCCGCUGAAGAAGCAUGAGGGAAGGUAGGCGGUUUUUGUGCUUUUUGUGAAAUGACACACACUAUUCUUCUUGCCCAGUCAGGAUAUAUCAUUCGUGUCCUCUCCCUUGCUCGUCUAACGCGCAUCCUGAGGGACGAAGCCCAGGUGUGAAGAAUAAGGAAAUCAUCCGAAAGCCUCUGUCUGGAGCGAAGGGCUGGGUUGGUAAAAGCCCCCAUUAUAAGCGCUAUGGAUUCAUGGACCCCCUGCUGCGCUGCAGCUUUAGAGGUAAAGAUGUGCGCCGAGAACGGCCACCACUAAUGGCCUCCCACUGGGCCAGAAGAAAGAAAAAGAAAAAAAACAACGUUUUAUUUCCUAAUGUUUGUAUGCCGUCUGUUUUGUUUGCCUUUUGAUUGUGGAAAAUUAAUAUUAUUAAUAAUGGAGUAAUAAUGGAGUCCUUUUUAUCUUGUCUGAGUAUGGUUGAGUUUUUAUUAGUACACAUCAGAUGGCUGACUCGUGUUGAUUGUGUGUGCGAUGAGUGGAUGAAGCUGCUUUUUUUUUGUUUGUUUUGAAAGAGUGCAGUUGUUGCUGGGAAGAGUGUCCACAAAAACUGUCUCCAAUCUUGUUUUGAUUGGCCAAUUACUGCAAGAGUGUUUAUCAUCGUCACUGCUAUGAAAAUUAGCUACAAAUUAUUAAAUGUAAAAAAAAAAAACCCUAAAUCUUGUAUUAUAAAUUAAUAAAAACCUUUCAAAUAAUA